AUGAAGUUUGACCCUAUAACUGUUAGCCGCGACAUUGUAAUGAAUUGCAUUACUGCUUUCCAGUACUUACUCCUGUUUCUCUUGCCGUUCAGCGAAUUGAUCCGUAGAAUGCGAGCUCAAGGGAUUGAAAAUUUCAAACUUGCAGCCAGAUUAGAAAGCUUUGAAAGAAAUGUAACAGCACUUUUAUCAAACAGAAUCAACAACAACAGCCAAGACAAAAAUGGCGCCAACAACACAAAGACUGAUCCUAGUACAAGCGACACCAACACUGACAUCUCUAACGCCAGUAUCGACAAUAGUAAUGCCAGAACCAGUGUCAUUACUUGCAACAGCAAUAUUCCCUCCACUUCAUCUAAAGCUAUACCGCCACAGCCUAGCUCAGUUUCAACAGCACCCAAAGAUGGUACAUCAAGCAUCAAGCAAUUAUUUUCUGAUUCCUUGACUGACUAUGUUAAACGCCUUCAUAUGCAAUUAAAUGAAACUGCAUUGGACUUAUCUGACACUAUUGGUGAUCUACAAGAAGUUAAUCAAACAAUGAAAGCCGAAAUUGCUGCAUUGAAGAGCCAGUUGGAGGAACAAAGAAGCAAAACAAACAAGACUCAUAACUUGAUGGCAAGUCGUCUCGAGAUUUUGGAACGCUACAUUCAAAGCGGUGCAAAACUUGAGGAUCAGAGGAAACAAGAGAGCCAGCAAGUCCGAGUAUUGUCUCAAAGAAACACCGAUUUAAUCAACCAAAGAAUCGACACAGUCGAAGAACAGCUCAUUAUAUCAUUCAAAGAAUUUGAAGAAAGAAGAAACAGGGAACUCCAAUCUUUUAUUGGCAAUUCCAAAUCUUUGAACAAGCUCUGUGAUGACUUCAAGAUGAGAUUAAACGAACAAGCUCAGGUUGUAGCAGAUCACGACAGGGAAAUAGCCAUGAACACUGAGACGAUUCGAAACACCUUUUCUUCUAAAGCGUUGGCUAAUCUUGGAAAGGGUGUUCGUGAUGCAUUGGAUAUGUGUGAAAGUAAGCUUUUCAAGGUGGAAGAAGAUCAGAAAACGCUGCAGGCUAUGCUGGAGGAAACAAGCGACAAAUUCAAGGUGGCCAAUGACACAGUAACGAGCAUGAAGACGAAAUUUCAUGCUCUGAAUAAGGACAUUAGAGCUGAAAUGGCCGAUGUGAAUGAAAGACUAGGCAGAUUGUCACAGAAUAUAUUCAAUAAUGCGACUCAGCUUGGCUUUGAGUUUGAUUUCCAAAACCCCCCAAGGCAAUCCAACCAAUGA